CAGCGGCGACCGAGUAGGUGGGUCUAGUCCGAAGGCCCCACGAGAGUGCUGCCUGCUGGUCCACUGCGGGGUACCCGCACUUGGAAGCCGUGAAGGCAGGUGGAAAGACUCACUGGGUCCCAGCCUCCUUCUAGGCUGACUGUUAACGGGCGUCUUGGCCCCGUGCCCACCGGUUCUGACCGGUCCCAGCUCGCUCGGCGCUGAAGUGGGCCUGGUGCCGGGCCCUCCGGGUGUCCUCCCGCGGGAGCUGUUCCUGCGUCUUUGAGGGCCCCGGGCGGGGUCCUGACGGCCACACCCCGCCUCGACACCCGGGAAACAGGGCGAGGGAGAUCUUUCUAUCUGGCCCGAAUAUUAACCCACCUGUCUUUCUGCCUUGCAGUACGUUGCCUGAGUGCCAUUGUAGACCGUCCUCUCCCAGAGGGCGGGAUCUGAAUUCGCAUCAGGUUUCUUACUAGCUAAGCAACACAAUGGAAAAUACAGCGAAAGCAAAUAAAAAGGAUAUUCAAGAUGGGCUGCCGAAAGAAGUGAAAUUGCCUACCAGUGAAGCAUUUCUAGACUAUCACUGUCAAAUAAAGGAAAAUGCAGUGGAACGACUGAUGGCUCAAAUAAAGAAGCUUCGAGAAAAGAACCAGAAGUACCAUGAAAGGAAUCGACGCUUAAAAGAUGAACAGAUUUGGCACAUCCGGAACCUACUCAAGGAACUAAGCGAAGAGAAGUCAGAAAAGUCAAAAGUUGUAUCAAGAGAGGAUGUUGAAACAGCAAUGAAGGAGAAGUGGCAGUUUGAAAGAGAUCAGGAACAAAACUUAAAAGAUAUGCGCUUGCAAAUAAGUAAUGCUGAGAAACUAUUUCUUGAGAAACUCAGUGAGAAGGAAUACUGGGAAGAGUACAAGAAUGUAGGGAGUAAACAACAUGCUAAACUCAUCAUCUCCUUACAAAAUGACAUCAAUAAAGUUAAAGAGAAUGCAGAGAAAAUGUCAGAACAGUAUAAAAUCACUCUGGAAGAUGCUAGAAAGAAAAUAAUCAGAGAAACUUUGUUGCAACUGGACCAAAAGAAGGAAUGGGCCACAGAGAAUGCUGUGAAGUUCAUUGACAAGGGUAACUACCGACAUAUCUGGGAGAAUGACUGGCUGAAAAAAGAGGUUGCAAAUCAUAGGAAGGAGGUUGAAAUAAUGGAAAAAGCUAUUCAUAAACUUGAAGAAGAAAAUUUGGUGCUCAUUGAUCAACUAUUCAACUGUAGACUUGUGGAUCUCAAAAUACCCAGGCAACUAUAUCUUACCCAAGCAGCUGGACAGGAAGUACCACCUGAAGAAAUGCCUUUGGAGUUGCCAGAAAUAUAUAUAGAGGACUCCGAAUUGGAGCCCACAGAAGUAGAAAGCAGAGACAUGAUGAGCUCAUCAGUUCAGAUCAGUGCCUUACAGCUGAGUCAUGAGGAUAGCGUCAGAUCUGACCAGCAUCUGGAAACAGAUGAAGUUAGCUCAUGUCCAGAGUUUGGAGCCUCUGAUUUGAAAUACUUACUAUAUGAGGACGAGCAGGAUUUCAAGAGUUAUGCAAACUUGGGCCCCCUGAAAGUGAAGCUCAUGCGUGUGGAGAGCAAGAAGAUGCCAAUUCACUUUCAAGAGAAGGAAGUUGCAGUCAAAUUCAGUGAAGAUGUCAGGAGCCCAGAAAGCCUCAUCACAUAUAAAAUGAUGAAGUCUUUUUUCUAAGAAAUAAAGAUGCAAAGUGAAAACAACAACUUUUCCUUAUAAAUUUUCUUUGGGAUCUGAAAUAUAUCAGCUGUCCAUUUGAUUUAUACUUUGGUUCAUUAUUAAAUAAGUUGUUAUUUCUAAAGGCCAUAAUUACAUUUAAAAUCAAAAUUCCAAGUAUUCAGCUAUCCAUUUACUUGCAUGGCAUGAGUGACAAAAAUGAAAGUACAAUUUAUAUUACUAUAUUCAAGUAAUCAAAGUAUGACAGUGGGCCCAAAAUGGUCUCUGAGCCUCAUCACUUAAAAAUUCAUAGAUUAAUCUAUGAUUCCAAUAUGAAAUAGUUUGAUUAGAAAUUUUUCUAACAAACAUUUAGAGGUUUGCAUAGCACCUCCUACACAUCUUUCCUCUGAGGACACUAAAUGGUAGCUGGCUGUUCCACAGUUCAAGCCUGCUCUUCUUUAACCUUCUACUAUUUAUAAUGAAUACAAAGCAUUUUACAAACAGAUAAAUUUGAGGGUGGUAAUUUAUUGUAUCAACAUAUUCCACCAAUAGAGAGAUCCCUCUUCCAUCAGCUAUAUAGAAUCUAAACAGCUGAUCGUAUGUAAGGCCAUUACCAUUUCCCUCUUAUGGAUACCACAAACCAAGGCAACUAUGACUGGGCCUGAAUUUGACAUCAGCAUUUCAUUUAAAGGCAAGAUCUACUUAUAAAGCUUUCUACAAAAAACAUCUUUAAAUAUAAGGCCACAGAUGGACUACAAGUAAAACACCAUACCAACAUUAACA